UACACUUACAGAUAACAAAAAAACAUGCGCAUAUUUUGGUUUAAUACAGACAACCAGCAAGACCCAUUGACACUUCUUCAUGACACUGAGCCAACUACUCCUUCACGCGAGUUACAGUUCCCACCGGAAAUUAUCAAAAAAAUCGUCGACUAUUUGCCACGGUCUUUUUUACCUCAAGUAGCAGGCGUCAGUCAAUUAUGGUACGCAACCGCCAUGCCGAUACUCUACCGACACUUGUAUGUUCGCACGUUACCCCAUUGGAUGUUGCUGGUCAGAACCAUGACGUCUGAAAAUUUUAAAUUCGGUCACUGUGUAUCUUCACUUGUGUUGAAACCUUCACCAAAGUUGAUCUCUGCACAAUUAACAAGUUAUUUAAACCAAAAGGUGGUAGUCAAUGACGACGCAUUGCAGCCUAAUACAAGAGGAUAUGUACGACUUGAACGGGUGAAUUUUGAUUUGACUGGAUUGGAAGGGAUAGAAACACCAAUGAAUGAAGAAGAGGAAGUGCAUGAAAAUUAUAUGGAAAUGGAUGACACCAAGAAGGAAUAUGAAUGGUUAAUUUAUGUCACAACAGACCAAGUGGGGUCUGUUCUCUGUCAAUGUCCUGCAUUAGAGUAUUUGAAUUUAUCAGGGUGUGAAAGUUUAAAGGACGAUAUCAUGACCAAAUUAGUUGCUGGUAAACUAGCGGAUAUUCAUCGAAGCAAGCCCAUGAAGGGUAUCUGGCUAAACCUAUUACGAGAAUUGACACCAAAAGGUAUUGGGCGUCUUUGUCAAUUUGAGCAGAAACAGUAUAAAUCAAGCUUAAACCACUUGGAUCUUGGAUAUAAUAUAGGCCUUUCCAACAUUGCGGUGAAAGAGGCUAUCCAAUGUUGGGGCAGGACACUCACUCAUUUACGAUUGGAUACUAUUUAUGAGGUAAAUAAUGAGACAAUCCAGUUUAUGGCAGAGCAUUGUCCCCAGCUUCGGUUACUGCAUAUCACUCGCUGUUGGAAUGUAAGUAAUCCAUCCAUUAAAGCACUGGCCAAACAUUGUAAACAGUUAAAAUACCUAUCCUUGGCAUUUUUGAAUGCUGUAAAUGAAGAAGGCAUUCGUGCUGUCGUACAACUGUUGCCAGAACUAGAGUGGUUAAAUAUUACUGGCUGUGGUAUCAAUCAGUUAUUUAAGCAAAUGAUUCUAGAGUCAUUUGCAGACUAUAGAAGACGACACCGUCUAUGUCCUGUUUAUAUUCAAGAUGGCAGUGUUAAUUUGAUUUAGAACUUAAUAAACAUUUGAAGUUCCGUUA